UUUCAUGUAUUAUUGUAGUUUGGGAUACUGAGAAUUUAUAAUUUUCGUUAGUUACAUUUUAAUUUUAUAGAAAAAUAAUUUAGAAUGCCAAAUCGACCUGAACAUUUGGGACCUCCUGAAUUAUUUUACAAUGAUGUAGAAGCAGUCAAAUAUACCAAUAACUCUCGAAUUAUAGAUAUUCAAAUGAGAAUGAGUGAACGAGCUUUCGAAUUAUUAUUACUACCUAAAGAUAAAGUGUGCUUAUUAUUAGAUAUUGGAUGUGGAUCUGGUCUAAGCGGAAGUGUAUUAGAGAAUAAAGGACACUAUUGGCUUGGAAUAGAUAUUUCAUCUGCAAUGUUAAAUAUAGGUGUUCAUCGUAAAAUUAUUGGUGAUACAAUGCUAGUGGAUAUGGGACAAGGCAUGCCAUUCAAAACAGCUAGUUUUGAUGGAGCUAUUAGUAUUUCUGCUUUGCAGUGGCUUUGUAAUAUUGACAAUAAUAAAUAUGUCUUACGUAAGCGAUUAGAUAUAUUUUUUAGUACACUUUUUGCUACUUUAUCAAGAUCUGCUCGAGCAGUUUUUCAAUUUUAUCCUGAAAAUGAUGAUCAAAUUAAUAUAAUCACGACAGCUGCUACAAGAGCAGGAUUUUUUGGUGGGAUAAUGAUUGAUUUUCCAAAUAGUAAAAGUGCUAAAAAAGUAUUUCUUGUCAUAAUGACUAGUACUUCUAUGAUUUCACCAGAAUAUUCACGGAAAGAUCAUGUUAUUACAAAAACACUGACUACAAGAAAGCGAACGAAUAAAACAAUGAUUACUAAAUUAAGAAAAAAUCGUAUUUUAGAAAAGAAAGAAAGAAAUCGAAGAAAAGGAAAAUUUGUUAAAACUGAUUCAAAAUACAGUGGGCGUAAAAGAAAAAACCAAUUUUAAAUUUAUUAUAAAGAAUUGAAAUUAUAUUGUAAUAAACUAAA